CUCCGCCUCCUCCGCGCCGGCGGCGGCCACCAUCUUCCUCUGCUGCCAGUGGUAGCGCUCGUCCGGCGGAGCUGGGGGCUGAAAGGCACACAGAAGUCUUCAUGGAUAUAGUUGAUACAUUUAAUCAUUUAAUUCCUACUGAGCACUUAGAUGAUGCCCUGUUUCUAGGAUCCAGCCUGGAGAAUGAAGUCUGUGAGGAUCCUAGCACAAGCGCAGACGUCCUCGAGACCUCGCUGAAGAACAUGCUCAGUGAUAAGGACCCUAUGCUGGGCUCUGCCAGCGACCAGUUCUGCCUGCCUGCUCUGGAUAGCAAUGACCCUAACUUCCAAAUGCCUUGUGCAACAGUUGUUGGUCUUGAUGAUAUUAUGGAUGAAGGAGUUGUAAAAGAAAGUAGCACUACCAUUGAUGAAGAAGAAUUGAUUUUACCUAACAGGAAUUUGAGGGACAAAAUAGAAGACAAUUCAGUGAGAUCGCCAAGAAAAUCACCUCGGUUAAUGGCACAAGAACCAGUGAGAAGUCUGCGACAGAGCACUAUUGCCAAGCGCUCAAAUGUAGCACCACUGAAUAGCACAAAGAAAGCAUCUGGGAAGACUGUGUCUGCCCUCAAAGCAGGUGGGAAACCAUCAGAAAGGUGCCAGGUACAAGAAGAGGCUUGUCCACCAUUAAAACCUGACGGCUGCAAAGAGAGCAGAAGGAGUAGUCGACACAGCGAACAAAUGCAAGUGGCACCAGAAGUGCCAGUAUCAUCUUGUCUUGAAAUGAAGGAGGAAGCCGGGUUAGAUCCCAAGCAUAAGUGCAGUACCCAGGAAGAGGCAAAUGUGCCCCCACAUGAAUUAACCUGUCCACUUCUUUCAGAGACUUGUGUUAGUAUUGAAGAUAAGAAAAGUGAGCCUGGAAUGGAAUGUGAGACUGUUAGUAGUCCUGUGUGUAAGUUUCCAGAUAAAGAAGAUGACCAGAAUGAUAUCAGUUCAGGUAAAACAGAUGACACUAUUGAAGACAGGACAGAAAAGGCAGAAUUUGAACAAGAAUCAGAGGAGAUAAAAUUACCCCAUGAAGGUGUACACAUUAUUCCAGAACUUGAAUCUUCUGGUAUAGCUGAUGAUUCUGCUUGCACAAGUUCAAAGACAGAGAAAAUGCUGACAGAGUUGUCUGGUUCACUGGAGGAAGGUGCUGAAUAUCAUGCGGAAUUGAAGAAUACCAUGGAUAUUAUUGAUAAUACUGAGAACUCCCUUCCAAGCAAUAAGGUUGAAGUCCAAGGGCACUGUGAAGACAUCAAGUUGCAUGGUACACCAUUACAGAGCACUGAGCUUAAUCAGUCCCCUUUAGAGAUGGCUGGUGAUUGUUCUUUUGAGCCAGAAAUGAAUGUGUUAGGACAUACUGUUUGUGAUGUGCCUGACCAGAAUUCAAAGCAGUUGAAUAUUAUUCAAAGUGCAAAAGUGGAAUCUCAUGAAAUACCAAACCUUCAGGAGGAUAGAACCAACUUAGAGCCCCAAAACAUAAAAUCAAAACAUACAAAACCUGUAAGUCAUUCUAAGCAAAACAUGACCACAGAGACUCCAAAGAAAACUGCUGUAACAAAGCAUGAAGUAGUUCAUAACAAAGCUAAAGUUCAUGCCAAAAGUGUGAAACGAAAUGCAGAUGAAGCAGAAUCGCACCAGAAUUUCCAUAGGCCAGUCAAAGUGAGGAAAAAACAAGCUGAUAAGGCUUCAAAGGGUCAGAGUUGUAAUUCUGGAGUUAAAUCUGUGAAAAGCCAAGCUCCUCCUGUGUUGAAAAAAACAUUGCAGGAUCAAAACUUAGUGCAAAUUUCUAAACCUUUAACUCACUCUUCUAGUGAUAAAUUACAUGGCCCUUCCAGCUCCUCUAGGGAGCCUCAUCAUUCCCCACAAACUGGGCAGAAACCAUGCCAUAAGCCUCAGCAGCAGCCCCCAGCUGUGAAGACCACUGGUCCUGUGAAAGAUGAGCAUGAGCACCCAGGCACUGAGCAUUUGAAGGAAGAGGAUAAAAAACUUAAAAGACCUGAGAGAAACCUACAGCCUCGCCAAAGGAGAAGCAGCAGAAGUUUUUCUUUGGAUGAGCCACCAUUGUUCAUUCCAGACAACAUCGCUUCUGUAAAAAAAGAAGGAUCAGAUCCUAGCUCCUCGCUGGAAAACAAACAUAUGUGGACUCCCAGCAAACAGUGUGGGUUUUGCCGAAAACCACAUGGCAACAGGUUUAUGGUUGGCUGUGGCCGAUGUGAUGACUGGUUUCAUGGUGAUUGUGUUGGUCUGAGUCUUUCUCAAGCACAGCAGAUGGCAGAGGAAGACAAAGAGUAUGUGUGUGUAAGGUGCUGUGCUGAAGAAGAUAAAAGGACGGAAAUGGUAGACACCGACAUUUUGGAAAGCCAAACUGCAGGUGAAGGUGACGUCCAUAGUGAAGAGAGAACAGCGGGAUGUGAAAGGCUUGCAUUACCAAAGCACAUGGUGGUGGCAGACAAAACCAAGUCUAUGGAUGAUGCAGUCAAGCAUAAAGUCAAAGUUUUAAAACGGGAGUCUGGUGAAAGCAAAACUUCAUCUGACUGUAGAGAUAAUGAAAUUAAAAAAUGGCAACUGGCUCCUCUUCGGAAGAUGGGACCGUCAGUCUUACCUCGGAGAUCUUCAGAAGAAAAGAGUGAAAGGAUACCAAAAGAAUCUACAGCUGUUACCUGCAUGGGAGAAAGAGUAUCAAAGCCAGGUACUCAUGAGAAGCAAGAAAUAAAAAAGAAGAAAGUUGAUAAAGGCAUUCCUGCUGCACACCUUCCUGCUGCCACUGCUUCCAAGCCUUCUGCAGAUCAGAUCAGACAAAGUGUCCGGCACUCUCUGAAAGACAUUCUUAUGAAAAGACUUACAGACUCAAACUUGAAGGUACCAGAAGAAAAAGCAUCAAAAGUUGCCACAAAAAUUGAAAAAGAGCUUUUCUCCUUUUUUCGGGACACAGAUGCAAAAUAUAAGAAUAAAUACAGAAGCUUGAUGUUCAAUCUGAAAGACCCUAAAAACAAUAUAUUAUUUAAAAAAGUACUGAAAGGAGAAGUAACACCUGAUCAUCUGAUAAAAAUGAGUCCUGAAGAACUAGCCUCUAAAGAGCUGGCUGCUUGGAGACGAAGAGAAAACAGACAUACCAUAGAGAUGAUUGAGAAAGAACAAAGAGAAGUGGAAAGACGACCCAUCACAAAAAUCACUCAUAAAGGAGAAAUCGAGAUUGAGAGUGAUGCCCCAAUGAAAGAACAGGAGGCAGCUGUGGAGAUGCAGGAACCUUCAGCCAGUAAAUCACUGGAGAAGCCAGAAGGAUCUGAAAAACACAAAGAAGAGACUGACACCAUGUCUAAAGAUACCACUAGUCAGCACAGACAGCACCUUUUUGAUCUGAACUGCAAAAUUUGCAUAGGUCGAAUGGCACCACCUGUAGAUGAUCUUUCUCCAAAAAAAGUGAAAGUUGUUGUAGGAGUAGCUCGCAAGCAGUCAGACAAUGAAGCAGAAAGUAUAGCAGAUGCAUUGUCUUCAACUACAAGUAUUUUGGCUUCGGAGUUCUUUGAAGAGGAGAGACAAGAGUCUCCUAAAUCAACAUUCUCUCCUGCUCCACGUCCAGAGAUGCCUGGAACUGUUGAAGUGGAGUCUACCUUCCUGGCUCGAUUGAACUUCAUCUGGAAAGGUUUUAUCAAUAUGCCUUCUGUGGCAAAAUUUGUUACCAAAGCCUACCCAGUAUCUGGCUCCCCUGAAUACUUGACUGAGGAUCUCCCAGACAGUAUUCAAGUGGGUGGCAGGAUUGCACCACAGACAGUUUGGGAUUAUGUGGAAAAAAUAAAAGCAUCAGGAACUAAGGAAAUCUGUGUGGUUCGCUUCACACCCGUGACAGAAGAAGAUCAGAUCUCCUAUACUCUGCUGUUUGCAUACUUCAGCAGUAGGAAGCGCUAUGGGGUGGCUGCAAACAACAUGAAACAGGUUAAGGAUAUGUAUCUGAUUCCUCUGGGAGCUGCAGAUAAGAUUCCACACCCUCUCGUGCCUUUUGAUGGACCUGGACUCGAACUGCAUAGACCUAAUUUGUUACUGGGCUUAAUUAUUCGUCAGAAGUUGAAGCGGCCACAUGGUGCUGGUGCUGGUGCUGGUCACAUAGCUGAGGUUUCUGAAGCAGCACCGGCAGCCUUGCCCCCUGACAAGAAAAUGAAGAUGGAAGCAGGUUCAGAGGAAGCACCAGAGGAAGAAAAUGAUUUUUUUAAUUCCCUUACAGCUGUGCUGCACAAGCAAAGAAACAAACCCCCUCAGAUUCCUCAGGAAGAGCUGCCCGCAGCUGCUGAGCCUCUGAUGGAGGUCAACAAGCAGGAGCCACCCAAGCCUUUACGCUUCCUUCCUGGAGUACUGAUUGGCUGGGAAAAUCAGCCUUCUAGCCUGGAACUAGCAAACAAACCCCUGCCUGUGGAUGAUAUACUUCAAAGCCUUUUGGGCACCACUGGUCAAGUAUAUGAACAGGCUCAGCCAGUGGUAGAAGACAGCACUGUCAAAGAGAUCCCAUUCAUAAACGAGCAUACUGACCUGAAAGCAGAGAAGACCGAUGACAUGGAAGUAAGUGAAGGUGAAGCCACAGCGGAGGGAAAAGGUAAAGCAGGUAGUCUUUCAGACUCCACAGGUACUUCAGUAGUGGAAGAAACACCAUCCGUAGUGUCCUCAUCUGUCUCUCCAGGGCCUUUCACAAGUCUGAGCCUCAGAGGGAAACCACCAGAUGUUUCUACAGAAGCAUUCUUAACAAAUUUAUCAAUUCCAUCAAAGCCAGAGGAAACUAUAGAAAGUAAAGAGCAAACAUUAAAGAGACAGCUUCUUCAAGAUCAAGAGAAUAAUUUGUCAGAUAAUAGGACUUCAGAUAGUUCUCCAUGUAGGUCUAGCUUAGGAAAAGGAAAUGUAGAUAGUAGUGUGAGUUGCACCGAAAACCUUGUUGCUAGUACAGCAAGGUCCCCACAGUUUAUUAACCUGAAAAGGGACCCUAGGCAAGCAGCAGGGCGAAGUCAGCAGAUACCUGCUUCAGAAAGCAAAGAUGGAGAGAGCUGCCGGAAUGGGGAGAAGCACAUGCUGCCUGCUCUGUCAAACAACAAGGAGCUCUCAGCAGAGCAAGUCAGUGUAGAGGACAGCCUGUCUUCUGCAGAGAAAAAUGCAUGUGUUCAGCAGAAUGAUAGUUCAGAGGUGGCACAAAACUCGUUGUCAGAAGAAAAUGUAAAUUCUUCCCUGACAGAACAAGCAAAAUCUUCACAGGAGGAUGUGACAGCACAGAACAUUGAAACUGUGCAUCCCUUUAGAAGAGGACCUGCUGCAUCAGCAUCUCAUUUUGAGGUUGGAAGCACUUGCCAACCAGAGUUUUCUUCUAAAAAUAUCAACUUCACUUCCAGAAGCACAAGUCCCAGAGCAAGUGCCAACUUUUCCCCCAUGAGGCCACAGCAACCCAGCCUUCAGCAUCUCAAGUCCAGCCCUCCUGGGUUUCCCUUUUCAGGACCUCCUAAUUUUCCCCCUCAAAGCAUGUUUGGAUUUCCACCACAUUUACCACCUCCAUUACUCCCUCCUCCAGGCUUUGGCUUUGCUCAAAACCCUAUGGUUCCCUGGCCACCUGCUGUUCAUCUCCCAGGCCAGCCACAGCGUAUGCUGGGUCCCCUUUCACAGGCAGCGAGGGUUAUGGGUCCACAAAGUUUUUAUCAGGUUAAAGACAUUCGCAGACCAGAAAGGCGCCAUAGUGAUCCUUGGGGUAGACAAGACCAACAGCUAGAUAGGCCAUUUCAUAGAGGUAAAGGGGACCGCCAGCGGUUUUACAGUGACUCGCACCAUUUGAAAAGAGAUCGACAUGAGAAAGACUGGGAGCAAGAAUCUGACAGGCACAGACGCAGAGACAAAUGCCAAGACAAGGACAGAGACAGGAAAGGCAGGGAGGAGGGGCACAAAGAUAAAGAGAGGGCACGGCUACUACACGGCGACCGAGGAUCAGAUGGCAAAGCAAGCAGGGAUAAUAGGAAUACAGACAAGAAGCCAGACAGACCCAGAAGUGAUGACCAUGACAAGGACAAAGAGAAAAGUAAGCACAGAGAAGGUGAAAAGGACAGGGAUAGGCACUACAAAGAUAGGGACCACACUGACAGAGCGAAAAGCAAAAGGUGAAAAUGGCAGGCUCCUUCAAGGUUACGUUGGCAUACCUGCUACAUGUGUCUUUACAAGUCCUGCUAGGACUGUGCCAUCUUUUCCACGUGUACUGUUGGUGGUUUGCAGAGCAGUACAUUCAGUGUGGUGCGUGUACUCUGCCAGUGCUCAUCAUCCCUUCUUCAUGCCACUGUCCUUAGUUACACGAAUUUCAUAUUUUUAAAAGUUUUACAAUGCUGUAUAUUCAAAGAUUUGUUUUAUUAAUAUGCAAUAAAGGCUUAGAAAUUUUAGUUUUAUUCCUUAAUUGGUAAACAUGGUUAACUAUGGAUCUAUUUACUGCCUCUAGUGAAUGUCCUUUAUAUAAAUGACUAAUUGGAGACUAAUGUGUGCUCUGUACAUCUGUUUAAAUUGCACUGUUCUAAGAAAGUAUGAGGUACAGCAGAAAGCCUAGCAUUCUACAGUAGACUGUACUGAUCAUUUAGUUGGGCAGUCUGCCCUGAUCAGAGGCCCACGGAGCACACUGACUCCUGGAGUCUGCUGAGUGAACACACCGAGCACCACAUACAGUUGUGUGGUAAGCUGCCAUCUUUCUUUUCCUUUUUGCUCUUCAGAAACUUGAAUACUUAAGCUUGUACAUGAUCUUGUGUUUUGCUAUCCUUUUUACUGUAAAAUGUAAAUAUUUUAAGGGAUAUUUUGAUUUUAAAUAUGAUAAAAGAAUUUCUCACCUACUUUGUGUGUGUGAUUUGAAGUUCAGCAGUAAAAACAUUUCUUCCUUCAGGCUCUCCCUAGACCUGGUUCUUAUACUCAGCCAGUGCCAUGUAGACUUGGCUGCCUGUGUGGGUUUUAGAGGAGGGAGGAAGGAGUUGUUCUCAAGGCUCACAUUACGGCUGAGAUGCACCACAUGCUUCUGCAGAGGCUGGUGUUCAGAAUGCCAAUGCUUUGCUGUGAUUAUCUACUUCAUGGUAUGUUUCUGAAAACUAACUUGUAUACCAUCAGGUUUUACUAUACUGAAUCAUUGUAAAAUGACAGAACUUUAAGUGAAAUGUAUUUUGAAUCCUUUUUGUAAAAUGAUUUGUUUGUAGGGAACUAUAAAGUUUAAUAUGUCAGUUUGACUUGAAAACACAUGGGACUGUUGUUCAUCCAAGUUUAAAUUUACUUACAUUUUAAAAUACAUGCUGUAUUGAUGUCUAUAGCUUAAAGCAGUAGCUACCAAAUGAUGUUAAUACUUGAGACCAAAAACGGAAAGAAAGGUCAGUAUUUUUUACCUAACUAUGAUAAUGAAGAAAAAUACAAGUAGUGCCACAAAAUUAAGAAAAUUAUGUUUUCCUAAAGGGUCUACAGAGUAAAUAGGUUUUUGAAAUUGAAAUAACCUUGCUAUUUUCACUAGAAAAGUGCAGAAUCCAACAUUUUAUCUAAUUUGCAAGGAUUACAACACUUUCAUCUUUAUCCUCUGAAAUUUACCAAAAUGAGAAUUCUGAAAUGGUGGAUUUCAUUUAAAUAAAGUCAUUUUAACUUUG